UGUUUCGCGUUAUAAAUAUUAUUGAAACGAGACCUGCAGUUUCUCUUCUCUUGCUCUUUUGAGAGUUAUGGCCGAGACUGAAAGCGAAGCGCGGCCGAUGGAAGGGCAUGAGGAAAAGCAAAACGACGAUACAGGAGGAGGAGGAGGAGAGGAAGAAGUGGAUGAGUUGGAUGAAGAAGAGGAAAAGGAAGGAGUGAGUCGAGUUAAUGAGUCGGACAAGGCUGAAGCGGCGCCGUCGAGUGAUGCCGAGUUAAAAGGCUCGCAGUUGGAAACCCUAACGAAUGAUGAUCGUCGUGAGGGGUUGCAGGAGAAUUCCACUUCGGAAUCGAAGGAAGUUACUGAAUCUAAGGAGCAAGUUAAGAUAGCCCACGAGGAAGUGCCUAAUUUGGCUUUCCAGGAUACAGAAUCUCCCAAACAAAAUCGGGUCCACGAAUCUGUUUUGCCAGAACCAUCACCAAGUUCUCCGAAACAAAAUCUGCUCCAAUUAUCUGUUUUGCCAGAACCGUCACCAACUUCUCCGAAACAAAAUCUGCUCCAGUUAUCUGUUUUGCCAGAACCGUCACCAACUUCUCCGAAACAAAGUCAUUCAGAUCAGAAGUUUAAUAGCUCAUCCCUUGCAGAAGCAAACCAGCAAUCCCCUUCUAAUCUUAAAGUAGUACCCUUUGUUUCCAAUGUGAAGACACCAGUGUCUGAUGGUUACAAUUGGCGGAAAUAUGGUCAGAAG